UACUGGCUGCUGUCGUCGGGUGCAUGUAAACAAGGUGUUAAUAGCAGCUAUGAGGUGGUAAUUGUUAAUUCUGACUAGGAAUGGGGGAGGAGAGACUUUGCAGAGGGGGUGGAAGUUUUGGGAAGAAGGGCAUCCAGAAGCUGUAGGGAGCAGAGAGGAGGGACAGGAGGGGACUUCUGGUACCCUGUAGGCUUUACAUGCAGCAGAACUGGGUUUGAAUCCUGGUCCUGCCACUUCCUUGCUAUGUGACCUUGCAUGAAUCACUUCACCUCUCUGAGCCCCAGGUUCCUCCUUAGUCAAUAAUCCAGAUCUUACAGGCAUUAGCAGAAUCAAAUGAGGCAAAGCAUGUGCGGUGACCAGAAUGGUAACUGUUCUGGGAACAGGCCAACAGGGGUGUUUUAAGAAGGGAAUAGAGUGAGGAAGCCCUGAGGUUUCCUCUGGGUAUAUAGGAGAGACAGGCAGAGCCUGCCAGUUCCUAGCAAUGUGGGAUGCAGGAGGAGUGCCUGGGUGUGUGGGUGACAUGCAUGUGUUUCCUGCUCAGCCCAUCCCUGAACUGCCUAGACCAGGCUGGCCUCCCUCCUGAAGGCCCCAGGUGCCAAUAGAAGCUCCCAGGCUGCCCCACUCCCUAGGCCAGUGGGGGUGGGGCCCCUAGCAGGGCAAGGCCAGCACCCCCUUUGCAGAGUGGACCCUGGCAGGGAGCCUGGCUGACUCUGCUGGGCAGGAACCUCCCAGCCUGGCUGGGAAGAUGCUGAUACAGUACAGGCCUCUGGAGGCGCAGAGCUCUGCUGGCUGGAGUUGGGUACAGCUGAUAGGACCUGAGACAGAAGCGGGCUGUGGUGGAAGUGAGGAAGGGAGAUGCAAGAAGAGACCUCUGGAGGGGGAGCCUGAGCAGAGCUGUGGAACCAAAGAAUAAUUUCAUGUGGUUAUUCCCUAAGCCUUUCCUGAGCACCUACUGUGUGACAUAUAUGGGUCAGCUGGCCAAAGAGCUGAAUAGGAUACCCAUGAAAGACUCACCAUAGAGGUCAUGGUGGCCUGAGAUUUGUUGGGGAUUUGCAGAGUGGACCUUUAUGAUAGUCCCCGGGGGAUGGGGCAUUCAGAAUUUCCCCGGGGCCUAAGAUUUAUAUUAAUGGGGCAGGAUUCCACUCCCUGAUAGUCUGUGGGCAGUCACUUUUCUCCCUGGGUCUCAGUUUCUCUUUCUGGGAAAUGAGAAGGCCAGAUGAGCCUAGAGUCUCUAAGGAUCUUCCGGCGCCUGUUACUACAGCCUCCGGGACCUGGUUUGGGACUACCCUCACCCCACGUGAGGGGAGGGGGAGAGAAUGGGGCAAGGGCAAGUUUGAGUGUGAUGGGCCCCCAAGUCCUGUUCUUGGCCUGUGUUCUCGAAUCACAGUUGGAACUGCAGCGGCUCGAGCACUUACAGAGUGCAUGGCGCUCUGUGCCAAGCCUUUAAUAUGCAACAUUACGUAUUCCUCAUAAUUCUUACAUCCUCGUGAGGGAAUAGGUAUUAUCCCUAUUUCACAGUAGUUCAGGGAGUGAAUUGACUUGACCAAAGUCACACAGCUAGGAAGUGGCUGGGCUGGGAUUCUAAGCCAGGUCUGUCUGCCUCCAAAGCCCAGACUCGGCUAAAAGAGGGAGACUCCACCCGUAGGUACUGAGGUGCCCACAUUGCUUAGCCCUUACCUGCAGAACCUGCCUGACCCCUGCUGGGUGAGCUCAGAGCUCUGGGAUGUUCAGGCUGGGGAGGUGGGGGACAGGCUCUGUGGGUGCCCACUGGUUCCAGUAAGGGGGGAAAGAAGCAGAAGGAGCAACUUGGGGGUCAGGGCCUCACAGGGAGUUUCUCCAGAGGGCCAGCCCCACCUGCCUAUGCUCAGUGCAAGAGCUGGGCACUGAAAGGCAACCCUGGGUAUGUGGCCAAUUUGGACCUCAGUUUCUCCAUCUGUAAAGCAUGGGUUUAGAGUAGUUGAGUACAGACAUUCCUUGGCCUGUGGGUGAGUGGCUGAGGUUGGUGAUGGGGUCAAGGGUUAGAGGAGGGGUUGGGUAGAAGUGGCUGAGCCUGUGGAGGGAGAAUCUGGGUCAGGAACAGCUUGGAUCCUGGGCUGGCUGUUUGACAGCAACUAUUUUAGAUGAAGGGACUGAGAUUGGAGAGGUUCAAAGGCUUGUCUGGGGCUGGACAGCUAGUAUGACAGAGACUGAAGGGCAAAAUGGAUGGGAAGACCUGGAGAACAACAUCCAGGCAGAUGCCAGUUGGAAUCCUGGCUUGACCACUUAACUAGUCUUGGAGAUGUGAAGUGAGCGGCCAAGAACACACAGAGAGGAGUCCCUUCACCUCACUGUCCUCAUCUGUAAAAUGGGAAUAGUAAUAAUUUUGCCUUUGUCCACUUCCGGGGUCAUUGUGAAGGUCAAAGGAGAUGCGGCAUUUGUGGAAUCAGAGAAGAGUUUAGUGGCUGAGGCUGAAAAUCCACAGCAGCAACAACAGAAGGAAGAGGGUGAGGGAGCCACAAACUCGGGUCAACAGGAAACCCAGCUGGAAGAGGCUCCUCAAGCAGCAGCCGAGGGAGAUAAUCAGUGUGAGCAGAAGCUGAAAACAUCCAAUGGAGACACUCCAACACAUGAGGAUUUGACCAAGAACAAGGAGCGGACAUCAGAAAACAGGGGCCUGUCACGGCUGUUCUCCUCAUUUCUCAAAAGGCCUAAAUCUCAGGUCUCUGAGGAGGAAGGCAAAGAAGUAGAGUCAGCGAAAGAGAAAGGUGAAGGUCAUAAAGAGAUAGAAUUUGGAGCCAGUCUUGACGAAGAGAUCAUUUUAAAGGCCCCGAUUGCAGCUCCUGAGCCUGAGCUCAAAACAGACCCAUCCUUGGAUCUUCAUUCAUUAAGCAGUGCAGAAACACAGCCUGCUCAGGAAGAACACAGAGAAGAUCCCGAUUUUCAGACUGAGGAAGGAGGAGGACUUGAAGACUGCUCUAAAACAGAAGUAAAAGAAGAAAGUCCUGAAUCAGUAGCAGAAAGAGAAUUAAAAACUUCCCAGAAAUCGAUCAGAAGACACAGAAACAUGCAUUGCAAGGUUUCUUUGUUGGAUGACACAGUUUAUGAAUGUGUUGUGGAGAAACAUGCUAAGGGACAAGAUUUACUUAAACGAGUAUGUGAACACCUCAAUCUUUUGGAAGAAGACUACUUUAGUCUAGCCAUUUGGGAUAAUGCAACCUCUAAGACAUGGCUGGAUUCUGCCAAAGAAAUAAAAAAGCAGGUUCGUGGUGUCCCUUGGAAUUUCACAUUUAAUGUAAAGUUUUAUCCACCUGACCCAGCACAGUUAACAGAAGAUAUAACAAGGUAUUAUUUAUGUCUUCAACUUCGGCAGGACAUAGUUGCAGGACGACUGCCCUGUUCAUUUGCAACCUUAGCAUUAUUAGGUUCUUAUACCAUCCAGUCUGAGCUGGGAGACUAUGACCCAGAACUCCAUGGUGCAGAUUAUGUUAGUGAUUUUAAACUGGCCCCAAAUCAGACCAAGGAACUUGAAGAGAAGGUCAUGGAACUGCAUAAGUCAUACAGGUCCAUGACUCCAGCUCAGGCUGACCUGGAAUUUCUUGAGAAUGCCAAAAAGUUGUCUAUGUAUGGUGUUGACCUUCAUAAAGCAAAGGACUUGGAGGGAGUGGAUAUCAUCCUAGGUGUCUGCUCUAGUGGCCUUCUGGUUUACAAAGAUAAGCUGAGAAUUAACCGCUUUCCUUGGCCCAAAGUGCUGAAGAUUUCUUACAAACGUAGCAGCUUUUUCAUUAAGAUUCGCCCUGGAGAGCAAGAACAGUAUGAAAGUACCAUCGGAUUCAAACUUCCCAGUUACCGAGCAGCUAAGAAAUUAUGGAAAGUCUGUGUAGAGCAUCACACGUUUUUCAGACUGACAUCUACAGACACCAUUCCUAAAAGCAAAUUUCUUGCCCUGGGAUCCAAAUUUCGAUACAGUGGCCGAACUCAGGCUCAGACCAGGCAAGCUAGUGCUCUGAUUGACAGGCCUGCCCCACACUUUGAGCGUACAGCAAGCAAACGGGCAUCCCGAAGCCUUGAUGGAGCAGCCGUUGAUUCAGCAGACCGAAGUCCUCGGCCCACCUCUGCACCGGCCAUUGCUCAGAGUCAGGCCGCAGAAGGCAGCGUCCCAGGUGCACCUGUUAAAAAAGCAGUGGUUUCUAAAACACCGAAGGAAACAGUGCAGGUUGAAGUGAAAAAGGAAGAAGUCCCACCUGAGCAACCUGAGCCAGAGCUCACAGAAGUGUGGAAGGUGGAAAAAACCCACAUCGAGGUCACAGUACCCACCUCAAAUGGUGACCAAAUACAGAAAAAGAGAGAGAGACUAGAUGGUGAAAACAUUUAUAUCAGACAUAGCAAUUUAAUGUUGGAGGAUUUAGACAAAAGUCAAGAAGAGAUCAAAAAACAUCAUGCCAGCAUCAGUGAGCUGAAAAAGAACUUCAUGGAAUCUGUACCAGAACCACAGCCUAGUGAAUGGGAUAAACGCUUAUCCACUCACUCUCCCUUUCGGACACUUAACAUCAAUGGGCAAAUCCCUACAGGAGAAGGAAAUAUAAAUGGCAUUCGCACAGAGGAGGUGGCUGCCAUGACCAAGGGGCCAUCUACCAACCCUGACUCUGAAUGGGAGGGCCCCAAGCAUUCAAUAAUUCCUAGUAAGAGCCAAAUGACUACCCCGUUGGAGUCUCCACAAAACUUUGACUUUGGCUCCCUCUCCAUAAGCAGCAAGGAGACGGAAGAGAAGGAGCAGGGGGCAACUGGCUAUCUUGAUAUUAAGGAAAUGUCGAGAGGUCCAAGUGGGGAAUGUGUAGGAGUGGAGGAACAGGCCAGUGCCUUAAAGUCCUCAAUAUCACCAGCUUCCUCUCAGCUGCAAGUUGCUGAAAAAAAAGCAGAGAGUAGUGAAGAACAUGUUAUACCAGGAGAGCCUGUUGGAGAGCAAAAUGGAUCAUUUCUUGACUCUCGUGUGGGUAACCAGUUCCCCACCCUCAUUCGAAGUUUCCAGCCUCCCCUGGUGAAGACUCAGACCGUCACCAUCUCAGACACUGCCAAUGCUGUGAAAAGUGAAAUUCCAACCAAAGACGUCCCUAUAGUCCACACUGAGACCAAGACCAUCACUUAUGAGGCUGCCCAGACUGACGACAGCAACGGGGACUUGGACCCAGGAGUCUUGCUGACAGCUCAGACCAUCACAUCUGAGACCACCAGCAGCACCACCACAACUCAAAUUACCAAGACUGUAAAAGGUGGGAUUUCAGAGACCCGGAUUGAAAAGCGAAUUGUGAUCACAGGAGAUGCCGAUAUUGACCAUGAUCAGGUCCUCGUACAGGCCAUCAAGGAGGCAAAGGAGCAGCACCCAGACAUGUCAGUGACCAAGGUGGUCGUCCAUCAGGAAACCGAGAUCUCUGAGGAGUGAGCUCAGGAACUGUCCUACCCUCCCCCCUCCCCCGACUCCCUGCCCAUCUCCCGUCCCAGAGAAAACCAGCAGAAUGAUAAAGAAGCUAACCUGCAAUAGUCAGACUUCAGACUUUUAAAAUGAUUGAUUCUAAACCACCAGAAAAGCAAUUUCAUUUUCUAUUUGGAGUUUAUACCAAGAAAGUCUUCUAGAUAUCACUGAUCCUUUUGAAUACAUUUUUCUAUAUUGUGAUACCAGAAAUUGUUCAACUUUUCACUCUUUGGACUGUUUUUAAAGAGCCUUUUGUUUUUUUAUGGGGUGGUUUGUAACCCCUUCAGACCAGCCUCUCCCCAUUUAUACUGGCAGGGUCCCCAGCAUUCUUCGGGAAAUCCUCCAAUGACUCUGUCAGCUGUGCUGGGGGACAAAGCCAGCUUAAUGGGGCUUCCCUGCUCCUCCCCUAGUUUAUACCCUUUAGAUGGCAGCAGAAACUUCAUAAACCAGCCCUUUCUCAGAGCCAGUGAUGUAACUUUAUCAGAAUGUCAGGCAGGGUGGCUGCCCUGAUCCAGAGACCCCAGGAAGAUGUCCCUAUCCCUUUGCUGAGGGUGGUGUGGGGAGGCAGAGGCCUCUGCUAAGAAUGUAGUAUUGUUUUCCUUCCUCUCUCCUGUUCUUUCUUUUUGGAGCUUCUUUAGAUCAAAGACAUAAGAAGUUGCUUCAGAUAUAUCUGAUACUGUGAAUGUUUGAACAUAUCCGUGGCCUUCACCUUCCUGCCCUCCCUCCCCUUUUACCUCAUCAGAAGCAGUGGCUCUGCUAAGUGCUCCCCCCACCUCCCAUCUCAGGAGAGACCAAAACUCACAGAAAAAUAGGCACUUUGGGCCAAAAGCACUAACCGCACAUUUUUAGUGGUGAUUUGGACAAAGAAAGUUGAUGAGACUUUUUUAAAGGUUUUCUAGUUCUGGGAAUGUGCACUUCACACAGGGGAGUGGUGGAGUUUACCUCAGUUGGAUCCUGCGAAGAAGUAUUUCCAGGAGAACAUCCCUGAGCCUCUCUCUUUAAUCCUGGGGUGAGAGAGGAUGUGACUGAGAGAGGAGGCGAUCGUGGUCCAGACCGGCCCCUGCCUGCAGAGACCCUUCUGGAGCGUGGGAAUUGGCUUUUAGGGGCCACGCUCCCCACAAAACCCCACUUGACAAGGGGUACAAACACCAGCUCCACUCAUCCCCACUUGCCAUCUGAGGUCUGUCAGGUUUUGUGGCUUGAUGUUUGUGGUGGGUUUGGGUUUAAUUUGUUGUUGUUUUUGAAAAUGAGGACUGAUGUCCCCAAUCCCACUAUUCCUGGUAAAGAUUAGGGGACAUUUUUAUUCAGUAGGGCCUCUCUGAUCUUCCAGCUUGCUUCCCACAAACAGAUCUACCUACAAGUUCUUAGAAUCCUGAUUCUAGGACAGAAAGUGAGCUUCCUGAGGUGGACAGCGGGUCCCAGUCAGCAGUGGCUGGGGGCUCCAGGGCGGUGAGCAGGAGAGAAGUCUACAGCCUCUGCUCCCAGCCCGCAGCACGUCUCCGGAGUCUCUGCUGGCUGACCUUUGUUUAGACAACUCAGUUGGUUUGAACUGUUUUCACGAGUGUGCGUUUUUCUCUUAGUACUUACUUGAGACUGUUACUAACCAACAGGUAGCUCUCUCUGGGCAGGGACAGGAAGAGCUCAGGUGGGAUAUGUGACAGGCUUCGGGGGGAAGGAGAGUGCCCUGUCUCAGGGACAGACAGCCUGGGGCAUACGGUCUGGAGCGAUGGGGCUUUUCCAGGCCUUGCCCAAGCCCGAGCUUUGUUGCCCAGAGCGGUGGUGAGGUUGGAAAUCCAGCUCACAUCAUAUAGGCAUGCGAUGUGAACUCACUUGCCAAUGGCCAGCUGUCCUGCUGGAAGAGCUGCCGGAGCUUGCAGAGCUGCAACCUGUGGCAUGAAGAUGGGGAAAGGAAGAGGGCACAGCGUGCAUGUCAGGAACCUGGCACACUGAGUAUUCUGUGCCAUCCAGGUCAGUGUGGCCACUUUCACUGCCUAGGACCACAAAUCAGGGGCCUGAACUUCCCCUCAAUCUGUCACCAACUCACUUCACCCUGCUUCCUUGUCUAUAAGUCGGACCAGAAGAUCUCCAAUGCCCUUCUGGCGCUGAGAAGCCAUGAUUCGGACAAGCCAACACGAGGGGUGUCCUUCCAAGCCUCUUUCCUUUUCCUCCCUCUCUGGUUACAGAACUUGGGGUUUGGCAAUUGUUUGGAUCUUUUUUUUUUCUUUCUGCCACUGUGUGUGUGCGUGUGUGUGAAGAAAAACAGACUGUCCAAGUGGAAAUGGUGAAGAGGGGAGAAGAGUUCAUUUCCAGUGUCAACAACUUGGCAGUUUUCCUAAAGUGACUCAGACACAGCACAGGAACAACUCUCACUGCAAUUUUAUUUUUAUCUCACUUCAGCAACAAAGAUUUCUUCCAAGCCACAUGAGGUCUCUGCCACCCACCUACCCAACCCACCCACAAAGCAGGACCUGAAUUUAUCCGCUGAGGGCCCACAGAGCCUGGCUGCAGGGACCUGUCAGGGCCUCUGCCCGCCCCCAGCCCCCCACCGUGUGUUGCGGGGCAGCUGAGGGUGAGGAAGCAAACAGUCCACCUCGGGAAAUGGAGCCAGGGCUAUGGCCUGACCAACACCAAGGAAGGCUCGUGGGAAAUACCUGUCCAGGAUCUUAGCCCCAGGCUGGUUGGUUUUACAGAUCUCUCUCAAAUGUUUUAU